ACUUCCUGUCCAACGUUCUUCAAGCGAAGUUUACGCAUGUCUCUCGCACACACGUGUAUCCAACGUACUACUGCAUAGUUGACUGCAACAUCUUCCAAGAGACCGUAGCCGUAAAACGACAGAUUAGCCACUUUUCAUAACAUUUUGUUGUGUUUUCCUUUUACACUCGAGAAAAGGCAAAUAGUCCUCCGUGAAGCAUUUCGCCGAGGGGACCGGAACAUUUAAAAAACGAUUCCACCAUGACUGAAGCUGAAGUGAACCCCAAGGCCUACCCACUGGCCGACGCGAACAUGACUAAAACCAUCCUGGACCUCGUGCAGCAGGCUUCCAGCUACAAACAGUUGAGGAAGGGGGCCAACGAAGCAACCAAAACCCUGAACAGGGGCAUCUCAGAGUUCAUUGUGAUGGCCGCUGAUGCUGAACCACUGGAGAUCAUUCUUCACCUGCCGCUGCUCUGCGAAGACAAGAACGUCCCAUACGUGUUUGUGCGCUCCAAGCAGGCCUUGGGCCGCGCGUGUGGGGUGUCUCGUCCCGUCAUUGCCACCUCUGUCACCAUAAAGGAGGGAUCUCAGCUGAAGCCACAAAUUCAGUCGGUGCAGCUAUCCAUUGAGAGACUGCUUGUGUAAAUCUUUUUUAGGACACAAAGGAUGGGAAAAGCUACGCCAUAGUAUUCAAUGUAUUUUUGUUUUAUAUUAUGUAAGAUAUUUGGGUAGGCCUUGAAAUUCCCUCUUUUUCUUUUUUGUGUGUGACCAAAUACUGUAAUGAUAUACAGUCAUCGGUUAUUCAUAUUUUGUAAUAAAACAUUUUGUUUUUGGA